UUUGUUUACGAAAUCAUUUUAUGCAUAAUAUAUAUUUUCGUUUUUAAAAUAUAAUGUUUUCUUUUAAUAUUUUUAUUUUAUAUAUAUGUUAUUUGGAAAUAAUAUAAAAAGGCAAUAAAAAUUAAAAAUAAAUAUUUUUUGAUAAUGGCAAUUAGGUAUAAUACUUUUAAUUCGUUAAUACUUAAUAGUACUUAUGCAAUCAAUCGUUGUAAGAAUUAAAUUAAACGCGACACGUAAGAAAAUGACUAUUCAAGUAAUAUUUUAGAGAUCCGUUGGAUUAUAAGAUUAUUUCUUUAGAACAAUUUUAAAAAUGUCCCAACAUAUUUGUAUUUUUUGAUGAAGUCUAGCUGAUAAUUUAUUUGUUGAUGAAUGAGUCAACACUCAACACUGAAUUGAUAAAAAUUAAAAAUCCAAUAUUUUUAUGUGAGAUAUUUAAUUUAUUACCACUUCAAAAUUUAAGAUAAUAAUUAACCAGCAUAUAUCUUGUAGUUUGGGUCUACCCUAACAUUAAUUACACUUUCUGUACAAUAAGUAAAGUUGUUCAAUUAAUAAUGAGAAACCAUAAACAACAUUAAUACUAAAUGACUCAAUUCUUUCUUUAUUUUUAAGAUAUUAUAUUCAAUUGUAUGUAUUUUAUAAAAAAAAUAUUAUUGUGAAACAAAAAGGUAGAGAAAUACACAAAACAGGUUGCUACAAACUAUAUUGUCAAAUGAAAUGAUAAGUAGCAUAUGCAAAGAGGAAACCCAAUGAUACAGUCAACAUCCGCUUUAACAAAAAAGAUACAGUCAACAUCUUUGUUAUAAUAUCUCACACCAUAGAAGCAAUCGGAUUCAGAUUAGUCGACAGAUCUUUUACAUUAGCACGUUGUUUUAAUGUCAAAAUAAAACGUAGACGUAGAUGGAUUGUAACCAAUAACAAAAUUUCAUGAUCUUAAAUGACGGGUGGGUGCAAAGAUUAUAUUUUGAAAGAUACAAAUGAUUUUAUUGAAUAUUUAUCGUUAAUGAAUUGAUGACUAGUCUAUAAAAUCUUAUGGUAUGUAAUCCGACAAAACAAACCAUGAACUAAUGUGUUUGCUAAAGCCACCUCACCAUUGACCUGGCACAAUCAGUGGGACCAGCUCUAACUAUCAUGAUAUAAAAUAAUACUCACGUAAACCAGCCACGUAAUCCAACCACAAACAGAGGCCACUAGAUUCGAGCCGGUUUAGGCCCAAUACAGUUUUGGAAAUAAGAGAGCGAGAUUAUAUCUAUAAGUUUUGCGACUUUGUUACAGCCUACAUGCCAGUAAUGAGCUAAAACCUCGCCCAUAUUAAUUGGGCUUCUCCAUUAGCAUGGUUCAUAGACAUCUCUUCCUUUUCUUUUGUUCUUGACAUGAAUCUCUUUUCUUAUUCUUUUAGACAGAAGAGGAAUAUGAAAAUGUAAUGUUAACUUGAACUCUUCCUCUCUCGGCCGAUGUGGGACAAUGUCCCAUUCUCUUCAUUAAAUCUAUUAAGGCCACUUAUUGGCCCAUUUUGUUUCACAUGUUUUUAAUUAAAGCCCAUGGACAUUUAAUUGUUCCAACAAUAACAUCUGUAAUCACACGAUUUGUAGUGUUAGUUAUCAGAGUUUAAUCAAACAAAGAUGGUGGGAGGGGUUGAAUCUUUUUUAAUAAACUAAAAUUAUUCAACCAUUUCAGACACCAUCGACAUUUUUUUUUUUUUAUAAUUAGGUGUUUUCCUGUAUCAUGUGCAGAAAUAAAAAAUUUAAAUUUAAAUUAUAUUUAAAAUAAAAUUUUGUUCAUUUUUAGAUUUUAUUAUUUUCUUACAAUAUUUAAUUUAAUUUAUAAUUUAAUUUUAUGUAAAAAAUUAAGAUAAAACGAAUAUUUUUUUAUUCAAAAUUAUAUUUAAUAAUAUAUAUGCAUAUAUUUAAAUUAUAAUUUUAAAAAUAUUUCUAUUUAUUUAUUUUGGUUAAAAUAUAUAUAAUCAAAUUAUAUAAAAUUAUGAGAAAUUUUUUUACGUAUAUAAAAUCAAAACGUAAAACUUAAUAAUAUUUUUAAAAUUUGUUGAUGUUAAAAAAAACUAAUGGCAUUGUUAUUAGAAAAUUACAAUUUUAAAAAGACUGCAUAAAAUUUUGAAAAUUUGUUUUAAUAAUAAAAACUAUAUAAUUAUGAAAGAUAAAACUAAAUAAUAAUUGAAAAUUUGAAAAAUAUUAUUAUCUUUAUAUUUCUACUAUUAUAUUAUUUAUUGUUAUAUUAAUAAUGAUCUAUGAGUUAUUAUCAUAUUUUUAAGAAUUUACCAAAAAUAUAAAUCAACAUUAAAUGUAAAUGUCUAUGUCAUAAUUAACUUCAAGCUAUAUCAUUAUUGUUAAUAUGUUAUGUCAUCAUUUUCUUUAAAAAUUAUAUGGUGAUCGACACAUGUCAAAUCUUUAACUUGGUUAGUUUUUUUUGCUAAUUUAGCCGGUUUCAAGAGACCAAGACCACCAGAACAUUGAUUUCUUAUGUUAUGGUAUGUGCAUGUAAUAUAUAGUUGUACAUGUGGUUAGUUAGCGGUAACAGUCAAUGAAUAAUGUAGUUAUAGCUUGGGCCUAGGAGUUGCACAAAAAAAGCUUGAGCCUAGGUUCAAGAGCAGCUGACUUAUGCAGCCAUUGCAGAGGCCAUAUAUAUUGCCAAAUUCACAUAUGUAAUGGCUUCAUGGAACAGUAAAUGCAAAGGUUCUUAUACACAUGUUGCAAUGCUAGCUAGAUAAUACUAGUAUGUUGCUAUCUAUGAUAUCAAGAAAAGUUUUAAGAAAGUGAAAAUAAAAUUAAUCAAGUCGUUUUUUCCUGAUGGUAAAAGAAUUUUAGCUAGAAAUUUCGCAAUGAGAAUUUUUUUCAUGUCUAUUUUCAUAUGUAUAUUAUAAGUUCAAAUAAUACCUAAACCACAAAAUGUAUUAAUAUAAGUUAAGCAUAUACGAUCAUUGUCAUUGUUUGUGUGUGCGAGCCCUAAAGGUCGAGAUCAAGAGAUGAAGGCAAGUCAACAUUAAAACUAAUGUUAUAAUCAUCCAUUUACAUGUUAACAUAAUUUCAUAAUGCGAAAGUUAUUGAUAUUCCAUCCAACAGUAUAAAGUUCUUGAUAUUCCAUCCAACAAAUACAAUAGUAAAAUAUAUUUUUAAAUAAAUUAUUAUUGGAUAAUUAAAUAUCUUUUUGUAGUUUAAUUAAUAGGUUAUUUUUUUUUGAUAAGUUUUAAUUAAUAGGUUAUACUUUUUUGUUCAAAGUUUACUAGGUUAUGCUAUUACUUAAAAAAAGCUAAAUUAUUAGUUCAGAGCCAAACGAACUGAUAAUGCAUUUGAAACUUGAAACCGAUAACUACAAGGAAACAGUCUGGAUUUGCGACGGAAAUUUUGAACUCUUCAUUAACUAUAUGCCCUCUUCUUUCCAAUAUAAAAUGUCUCAGUGUAUAUAAUUUUCAGCUCGCUAGUCAAUUUGUUUCCUAUAUGUGCCAUAUUCCAUCCAAACUAAUGUCGAGAAAAAAACUAUAUAAAUAGUUUACAAAGCCAAUUUCGAGAAUACCGUCCAUGUCAUAAGUAAAGUUCUUAAAAUAAUUUAGCUUAAGCUAUCUAUUAAAUAGACGAAAGGGUUUGUAUUAGAUAGUAUUCUGGUUAUGUGGUUUAAACCGGUUGGGCCCUUUUAUAUAUAGCUGAAGUACUGGUUAUAUUGUAACAAAUUAAAUUGAAAAUGAUAAUCUGUUUAUUCAAUAUGAUUUUGUUGCAGUGUAACCCUUCAGCUAUAAAUACAAAGGUCCUAACCAGUUUAAACCACAUAUAACCAGAAUAAACAAUCUAAUAGGUUGGCUAGGGAUAGGGAUAGAUGGUCCUAGACCCUGGGGGCACAUGACGGUUGGAACAUGUCCCCAUUAUCGCACCAUGCAAUCAAUCUUACAACUUUGUUAUUAUUUUUAUUAAAUAAAAUGGUCAGUCUUUUAUUUCACCACUACCCUCUUUUUGAUUGCGACCUAGCUAAUAUUACCGUACACAAACAAAUAAUAGUUUUUUUUUUGAGAAAGGGUUUAACAAAUAAUAGUUCUUUUAUCUUUUUUGCUAUUUGCUUUCGUUGUCCUCUCCCAUAAUAUGGUCGCGGUAACAAUAACAUAUGAAACUAGAUUUGAUUAAUACGAAUGUCGCGUCUGUCCAAAACUACAUUUACGUACAUGUAACAAAAAAAAAAUCCUAGCUAUAGUUCCAUUUACCUUCGUAUUAUCAUUGUAUUAAUGAUAUGCACAUCUUUGUCGACAAACACUGUUUCCCUAGUAAUUCAAACCAUGUUCUUAAUUUUGUUCAACAUCGUUCACAAAUGCAAUGUAAUCAUUGACUUUGUAGAGGAAAACGGUAAAUUAAUCUGCGAAACUUGAAGACAAAAUGCAAUGAGGAGAGAUACUCAAACAGAAAAGGAGGGUUAUAUGGUGAAGGAAAUAGGGAAAAGAAGCAAGCAGACUUUAAAAAAGAGUUAAGUGCAAUGCAAAGCAUAUGUUACUUUAGUCUAUAUAUAAGAAGUGGUCCUUGCCCUAUUAACUAUACUUUUAACAUCUCCACAAAUUUUCAUAGCCAACCCCUACCAUAUAGUACUCUCCAUUUUCUUAUUAAACCUCAUGAUUUCCUCCUUUGGUUAAAGCCCUACCAUUACUUUCCAUUACCUUUUUUUGUUAAACCACGAAACUUCAAAUUAUGACAAAACUAUAUUUUGUUUAACUAUAUUCUGAAAUAAUCAUUUGCAACUGAAAUAAUUGGAAAGCUUAUGUAUUUCAUUCACAAAGAUAUCUGUAUUUAUUCAUCCGUAGUAAACCUAAUUCUAAUAGAAAUGAAUCUUAAUAAAUAACUAUAAUAUAGAAUAUAUCUUUAUUUCAAGAGCACCCUAUCAGUUAACAUAAAUUAUGUGAGUUUUCUUUCCCUAUUAAUCAUUUUAUUACGAUAAAACGUAACUGGAAAUUUAAGAUAAAGCGUGUGUGUCGUCAAUAAUCUGCAUAAACUUACAAGUACGAAUAGUUGUGACAAAAUUUGUUUGGUAUUAUAUGAUAUCGUGUUUUUCUUUAAAAUCAAAUCUAUGUAAAUGUUUUCCCUUAUUUCAAAUUUUAAAUCUAGAAUGUAAAGGAAAAUUUAUAGAAUAUUAAUAGAAUUCUAGGUUGGUCCCGUGGCUACCAGGGGUACAUGCUUUGAAAAGGGCGACGCUAAGACGUCUCCUUCCGAAUUUCCCAUAAAUUAAACAUUUAGUGAUUUUGCACCAUUUCAGAUUUAGAAAUAGUUUGUUUUAUCCGUCAUUAUUACUUUGCAGAAAAUCAUCUUACAGAAAUCCCACUGGUGAGCCAGAUAGAGUAAAAUUUGGAUCGAUUAGUUAUUGUAAAUAAUUUAAUAAUGUGAUUUCAUGUUGGAUGUGUUAUCAAGAAAAGACGGGUAUAGACUAAUAUAUAUAUAAUUAAUAAGUAGUAUAGCUGCGGUUUAUUUAUUUAAUCUCUGGUGGUAACCAUCGAAGAAAGAUUAACAGUUUAUCGCCUGAAAGUUUUGUGACCACUCAAGUGACCCAAUGUGAGAUGAGAGUUUGGACCACCUCGAUCAAUGUUCUUCCACCUACUCUUUAUUUUUAAAAAGCAAAAUAAAACAUGAGAGUUUUUUUGUUAAAUCACGCCAAAUUAAGAUUUACGUUAUAGAUUAGUCUCCCUUAAUUAAGCCGAAAUCGGCCAGAGAGACAUGAAUGGUGCUUUUGUCUCUUUCAGGACCACUCACCACGUACGUAAAUAACGAUAAGAUUUAACGUGAAUUCACGCGAAGUUUUUUAACAAGCUUUUAAUUUUCACUGGGAGUGGUCAUGCGAGUGUCGUGUCUUGUUCUUGAAUAACAUGUGUAUUAUGUACUAAUGUCUACGUGAUGUCUGUCUAAAUAUGAGCUGUACACACAACUAGUGCAGUAUUGUAUCGAGUAAGUAUUUAAAUCUUCAUCGCGGUAGCUAUAGAUACUUUGGUCGCUCCACGAGAAUUUUUUUAAAUUGUAUUAAUGUUUUCACGUGAGCUGAUAUAUAUUAAGAUUAAUACCUGAUAUAUUAAAAUUUAUACCUGCGUAUGAUAACGAAAACAUCCGUCUUUUUAACGUGAGAAAAUCUCCUUUUUUAAAAGUCAAAAAUCUCCUUUUUAGUAAAAAAAAUCCCUUUGAGCUUUAAGCUUCGUAAUAAUAAGUCUUAAAUUUGCUUUGAACAUAUUUCUAGUUGCAUGCUUUACUUGAACAAAUGUAUUCUUUUGUUGUCAACAUAUACUCAAGUAUAACGUAUACUCUCAUGUAUAAAUUCAUUGUUUUUUGAAGAAAAAAUGAGUUGUUCACUUUUUGUUUUUUGAAUUUUUGAUUAGAUUGUCACUUUUUCUUCAAAUAAAUUUCAGGGCCGAACAAAUAAAAAGUCAACAGUAAAUACCAAACUAUAAAACAACAUGUCAUCUUGUCCUUGUAAAAGCAAAUGUGGCAACCCAUCCCAAAAGCCUUACAACAUACCUCAGUAAUUCUCAUGUUCAUAAAAAUACAAUAGUUUUAUCUAUACUAAUCUUUUACUUUUUUUCUUCAACAAAAACAAAACUAUAUUAGAUCUCCUCAUGAUCCCAACCAUUUAGUUUUAUACUAUUAGAGAAAGGACUGUUAUUUUCAUGUGUGAUUUUCUGUCAUUACCAAAUACCACAAAAAGAACUCUUAAACUUCUAAGAGUUGACCAAAAAUGAUUUAAGACCUCUUAGAUUUUUGCUCUUUAUUAAAUUCAAUUUGUUUCUGAAACUUCAUUUUGAAACUAUACUUGCCUUAUUUUAUCUAAUAUUAUUUAUUUAUCUUCAAAAUAUGUUUUUCUAGGAUUUUUUGAAAUUUAGAAUUUUUACAUUAUUUUUGAAUUUCUGAUGACUUUAUUAAAAUAUUAGAAAAUAACAAAUUUUAUUUUACAAUAACUGGAAAUGAAAAUAUUGUAUCAAAAUUGAAAUUAAUUUCUUAAAAAUAAAUUAGAUUAUAAAAUAUAAUCUGCAAAAUUUAGUCAAACUAGUUUUAUAAUAAUUCCAAUACCAAUGUCUAUAGAGAAAAAUGAAACGAGGAUGGUUAAAAAAAGGACAAGAAGCUCACAUGAGCAGAACCAUAUAGUUGAUGGGUCUCCCCCUCUUUCUCUCUCCUCUUAGCCCAUCUCUCUAUCAAUCUUAUAUUUCCUGAGCUCUUUCUUUCUCUAUCUCUCCUCAUUAACUAGUUCUUGAGAGAUGGUAUGGUUCCUAAUUAUAGUUUAUCUUUCUUAGAUUUGAAGCGCUUCUUGCUCCAUAAACAGUAGAGAGAGAAAACUUUAAUGGAGAGAAUCAGACAGAAGAAUCGUGCUAAUCAGUGAAGUUAGGCGCAAACACCCCCCACUUUCUACUUUUGCAUAAUUAGGUCAAUCUCAUCCACCACCAUACUCUCUCCUCCCAUUCUCCCUUCUUUUCUCAAUUUCAAAACUAGGGUUUCAUUUCUUGAAUCUUUAUCUUCUCUCUCAAACAAGAAGAUGAAUCAAGAAGAAGAGAAUCCUGUGGAAAAAGCCUCUUCAAUGGAGAGAGAGCACAUGUUUGAAAAAGUAGUAACACCAAGCGACGUAGGCAAACUAAACCGACUCGUGAUCCCAAAGCAACACGCGGAGAGAUACUUCCCUUUAGACAACAAUUCUGACAGCAGCAAAGGUUUGCUUCUAAACUUCGAAGACCGAACAGGAAACUCAUGGAGAUUCCGUUACUCUUACUGGAACAGUAGCCAGAGUUAUGUCAUGACAAAAGGUUGGAGCCGCUUCGUCAAAGACAAGAAGCUUGAUGCUGGCGACAUCGUUUCUUUUCAGAGAGAUCCUGGUAAUAAAGACAAGCUUUUCAUUGAUUGGAGGAGACGACCAAAGAUUCCAGAUCAUCAUCAUCAAUUCGCUGGAGCUAUGUUCCCUAGGUUUUACUCUUUCUCUCAUCCUCAGAACCUUUAUCAUCGAUAUCAACAAGAUCUUGGAAUUGGGUAUUAUGUGAGUUCAAUGGAGAGAAAUGAUCCAACGGCUGUAAUUGAAUCUGUGCCGUUGAUAAUGCAAAGGAGAGCAGCACACGUGGCUGCUAUACCUUCAUCAAGAGGAGAGAAGAGGUUAAGGCUGUUUGGAGUGGACAUGGAGUGCGGCGGCGGCGGAGGAAGUGUGAAUAGCACGGAGGAAGAGUCGUCGUCUUCCGGUGGUGGCGGCGGCGUUUCUAUGGCUAGUGUUGGUUCUCUUCUCCAAUUGAGGCUAGUGAGCAGUGAUGAUGAGUCUUUGGUAGCAAUGGAAGCUGCAAGUGUCGAUGAGGAUCAUCACUUGUUUACAAAGAAAGGAAAGUCUUCUUUGUCUUUCGAUUUGGAUAGAAAAUGAUGAUUGGUUAUGAGAUUAAUCACUACUUUAAUACACAUUAUAUAUGGAUUAUACAUAUCACAUAUAUGUAACACAAGGAUGUCGUUCAAGAUUUAAUGAUAAUAUCAAGAAAUAACAUGUUAUUUAAAGAUUCGAAUUUGGUUUUAACCGAAGUCUUUUGUUUUGAUUCUAACUUGUUCUUCAAAAAGGUUCGAAGCUUUUUCUCAAUAAGUCUCCUAUUAGCUUCGGUGGGUCAGAGCGUAUAAGAACAUAAACUUUGGAUAGCUAGGGAUCAGUGUUAAAACUUAAAAACCCAUGUUCCUCUAGUCAGAAACUAAUCAGAAGAUAUGGGAGGUCUUACAAGUGGGGAAUAUAUGCAUGUAUAUGUAGAUAUAUUUAUAGUAUGUAAUUGCAAUAUUGUGUAUACUGACAUUAAAUUGUUAUUGAUCUGUUUACUUUGUUUAGUUUAUUUUGAUGGCUGAUGUGCUGUUACCGCUGCAUUUCUGAAGCUGUUGUUGCUGCUUAAUUAGUCAAGCAGAUUUUGCAGCUUGCAGGGGAUGGGCAGAGACAAAAACAGAUAUACUCCCUCCGUUUCAAUAUAGAUGAUGUUCUAGAUGAAGUAUUUUGUUUCAAUUUACAUGAAGUUUUGAGGUUUUAAGGUUAACUUUUACUUUAUUGGAAACUGUUCAACCAAUUAAAUUUAACAGUCUUUUUUAUAAUUGGCUAACUGGUUUUAAAAUUAUAUCUUUAUAAUAUGGUUUUUAGAAAAAUGUAAUUUUCUUAAUCUUUGUGCAAGCUGGCAAAACAUCAAGUAUUAUGAAACGGAGGGAGUAUAAAAUUUACACUUCAAAAUAAUCUUUACUUUAUCUUUUAGUAUUAAAUAAAUAAGUGAGAAGUAUAGUUUUUUCAGGUUGGUAAGGUUGGAAAGGAAUGAUCUGUUUCACAUAUAUUGCUGAUGCAUUAAUUGUUACAGAAAUAAAUGGAUCUUUGUCUUGAUCAUUGCAGCUCACACACACUAAUACAUAUAUAUGUAGAUAAACGCAAGGAGUGUUAACUUUAGGUCUGUUUGUUUAUGUGUUGUUAACUCCGAUCAUUUAAUUGCAUUCCUUUGGUGAUAUACUGUUUUAGCUAAAAAUAAAAUAUAAUCAACAACUAAUACAAUGUGAUGAUAUGUACAUGUGUGGUAUACUUGUUCUUGGUUAUCAUGAUUUCUGCAAAUAUAGUCACAACUCACAAGCAUAAUUAGUAGUCUGUAUUUUUUUAUCAAAAGCAUUAAUUAGUAGUCUGUAUAUACCAUAAUAAGUAGAAUCUAGGGCUUAUAUAGCUGGCUAGCUAGUGUUAAGAUUAGUUUAGAAUAUUUUGAUAUGUAUAGAUUUCUGGAGCCUCAGUGUAUUGGUACAAUAAAACUAAACAAGAUUUAGUUCACGCUUUUCUUGAAUGAUACUACAGAUAAAAGAAAUUCUAGAGCCUUUUGGGAGGAUUGAAAUAAAUUUUAUAGGUAUGUCAACAGUUUUUGUCUGUUAUAGGGUUUUGUUUUAGCAUACCGCGAAGUAAACCUAUAUACUAGCAUGAGCUAUGAGCACAUGCAGAGAGAUGAUAUUGAAACAGUUAUUAUACUCCAAAAAUUAAAGGCGUUAUUACCAAAUAUAUGUAGAUGAUUAUUGAUUUAGCACAAAAAUGGUUAUCGAUAUUAUCUAUAUAUAUGUGUGUGUAUGUGUAUGUGUAUGUGCACUUUUGCUACUUUUGUGGGAAUCUAAUCUUGAAUGAGAGAUAGAAAUUCAUAGAUAUUUAACAUUUAUAGUUCGUUAAACUAAGCAGAAUCAGGACCAUGUCAGCUAAAGUUAAUAAUAGCCUAUCCAUACCAUAGCUGUAAAAAAAGCCAUCGAAAUCAGCGAGGGCUAUUUACCUAUAUAGAUCACAUAAUGUAAUCAUAUAAAAUCUAUAUGCAUGUGAGAGCAGAUGAGAUGUUAGACUAAGCAAUCAAUGCUGGCCAUUGCGCCAAGCUAAAGAAACUCAAGAUUGCAGCCGAUCCUUACAUAAAUAAGUUUUGGUCUUAAUUUUCAAAAAAAA